UAAAAUUUUAGUAUCUUUUGCUUAUUUAUUUAUUUUUUUUAAAUGUUAGCAUUACCUUAAUAUUUUUUUCACUAUCCAAGAGUAAUCUCACAAAGAUUAUUCUCUUUUAAAUUGAAAGACAAAAUGAUUGCCAUACUUUAUUCAAGGAAAAUCCAUACUAAAUUUUUAUUCUAGAUAUUGCAGCAAAUUUUGUGUAUUUUUUUUCUACAAUGAGAAACAGAAGAAAGCUUCUGCUCCUUCUUCAAUAUUUUCUGAUCCUUUACUUCCUCUCUUUUGAGACCUAUCUCUCCAAUGAAAUGAAAACCAUUUGUCCAGGCCAAUAAAUCACUGUCUGGUAAUCAAACUAUUGCCUCAAAAUAUGGAAGGUUUGAUCAUUGAACUCGAUGAAUAUAUUCCACUGUUGCGGUUCUUGAGAACAGUGGAAACCUUGUUUUGAGAAAUAAUUCAAACCCUUAAGUCAUAGUAGCUCGAAUCUUUGAUCACCUAACAGAUACUUGGUUGUCUGGUGCCAAGCUCGGAAUAGACAAUAUGGCCAAGAGAAGGCAAAUUAUUGAUUAAAUACAAACAAAACUCAAUUAUUGAAUAAUACUAUUUCUCUCUCUUUUGCUUUUAGUAAAGCUUUUUUUUAUUUCUCUUUUCAGUCCAUCACAUCAAGCAUCUACUAAUAUUUAGUAUUUAUACAAGAAUAAUACAGCUUCUAUAACAUUUUUUGUUUUUCUUAUUCUCCUCCGGUCACCAUUUUUGGAAACAAUAUUUGGUGGAAAGCACUUUAAAGUGCUCCAGUAAUUAUUUCAGCUUUUUAACAGGGCCCCAUGACAAACUGGCCCUUUGUUGACUAGCCACGGUGGUUUUCCUAGAAAGCAUAAGACCCAUCACCACCAUCGGUCUACUAGCUCAAACAGCUCAAGCAGAAUACUGAAAUUUGUUCUUGUUUCUAUUGUGCCCUGGAGUUUCUUUUCUACUUUCCUCAGAGGAAAAUUUUUUGGUUUCCUUUCUUAUUUGGAUCUCUAGAAGUGCUGGAAAGAGCCCCAGUGGUCCUCGCAGCUUUAUUAAUUCCAAAGUGAUCAGGUGUAAAUCUCUUGAAGUGGUAGAGACAGAGUACAGAGGAGAGCCCUUGCAAUUGCAACACUGAAUCCACAAACUUUAAAAGACUGCCAAUUCAGAUGACAGAAAGAAAGAGGAGCAAAAAGAGUUGAAGCACAAAAGUGGGAUUCUUCUCUAUAAGCUCCUGGAGUUUUCGAUAAUUGAAAGUGCUACAUUGAUUUCUCCAUUUCUCUCAUUAAUUAUUUCCAUCGGUCGAAUUGGUGUAGAAGGGAUUCCCAGCAGUUCAGCAGCUCCACAUCCUCACAUCUUGAUUUACUUCAAGUGAUAAGGGACAUUAAAGCUAAUACAAUGUCUGACCUUGUCGGGCCAAUCCUUGAAGUUAUAAAGUUCAUCGGCCGUCCAGCUAAAAUAUAUCUUAAUUACCACAGAAAAUUCAACAAAUAUGUGGAUGAUUUCAGACAAGCUCAAGCAGAUUUGCAAGCUAGGGAGGCAGAUAUUCAACAGCAAUUGCAAGAUGAGCAUCAUUUUGGGAAAGAGUCAAAGCAGGAAGUUGGAAGUUGGUUCAGAAAAGUAGAGGAGAAGAUUGGUUAUGCUCAACGUGUUGGUGAUAAAAUCAGUCAAGGGAAAUAUCUCUUUCGUUCUUGCUUAGGGAAGCUUGUUGAUGAAGCGACUCAAGCAAUGAAGGAAGUACAUGCUGAAGGUCAAUUCUCUAAUGGCUUGGUGGUUAAUGAUUCUUCAACUACAAAGGUCAAACUGCCAACAGAAGAGUUAGCAGGCACUACUAAAGCAGAAGAAAUUUAUCAAUACUUGAUGGGAGAUGAAGUUAGAAAGAUUGGAGUGUGUGGGAUGGGAGGGAUAGGUAAAACAACAACAAUGAAGCAUGUCUAUAAUAAAUUGGUGGAAGGAACCAAAUUUAGCAAAGUAAUUUGGACAGUUGUAUCCCAGGACUUUGAUAUUCGAAGGUUACAAAAGAAAAUUGCAUGUCAAUUGAAGGAAGAGUUGUCAGAUGACGAAGAUACAACCAUACGUGCAGCAAAGUUAUCAGAAAUGUUGAGGAAACAAGGGAGGUAUGUGCUAAUAUUGGAUGAUGUGUGGGGCAGCUUUUCUCUUGAGGAAGUCGGGAUCCCUGAGCUAAAAGCAGAUAAUGGAUGCAAAUUAGUGUUAACAACACGUACAGAAGAGGUUGUUCGAUCAAUGGGUUGUAAGAAAGUCCAAGUGCCCUGUCUUUCUACAGAUGAGGCGUGGCGGCUAUUUUUAAGCAAAGUUGGACAAGACAUGUUGCCCAGUCCAACUUUAGAAACAAUUAUGAAAGAUAUUGUGGGAGAAUGUGGUGGACUUCCUCUUGCAAUCGUCACAGUAGCUGGUUGUAUGAGGGGAAUAUCCGAUCCUCUUCUCUGGGAAAAUGCUUUGAAUGAGCUGAGAGGUUGCAUCGUCAGCAUCCAGGGUGUGCAAGAAAAAGUGUUUGGAUGUUUAAAAUUCAGCUAUGAUCAUCUAAGACAAAUAGACCGAGAUUGUUUUCUGUGUUGUGCAUUAUAUCCUGAAGAUUAUGAAAUUAAAAAAGAGGAAAUCAUUGAAUACUGGAUGGAAGAAGGACUUAUAGCUGAAAUGGGAACUAGAAAAGCAAUGGAAGGUUGUGGUCUUUCUAUUUUGCAGAAGCUCGCAGAGAAUUGUUUGCUAGAAUGGGUUUGGGAAGGUACACAUAUAAAGAUGCAUGAUGUUGUUAGAGAUAUGGCGUUGCAUAUCACAAGAAAAAGAUUUUUGGUAAAAGCUGGUAAGCAGUUGGAAGAGCUACCAAAUGAGGAAGAAUGGACUGAAGAUUUGGAGAAGGUUUCUUUAAUGGACAAUUCCAUAUCAACAAUUCCUCCAAAUAUGAAGUCUCCAAAAUGUCAAAAGCUCACAACCUUGUUACUCUCAGCAAAUUCAUUGGAACAAAUUCCAGAAUCUUUCUUCGCCUACAUUCCUAAUCUAAAGAUUCUUGAUCUUUCUAAUAAUCCUCUUGUGAAUUUGCCGAACUCUAUCUCUAAUCUGGAGAAUCUCAAUGCAUUGAUGCUGCAUCGUUGUGGCAGUUUAGAAAUUUUGCCAUCUUUAUCGAAGCUUCUAGCUUUGAAGAAAUUGGACCUUGGAGAAACUUCAAUCAAGGAAAUCCCUCAAGGUUUGGAAAUGUUGGUAAAUCUUAGAUAUCUCAAUCUUCAAUAUACUAUGGAAGAGAUCCCCAAUCGAUUAUUGCCGAAAUUGUGUCGUCUUCAGUAUUUGGCAAUAGAUACAGCAUCGAAACUAGCGAAAGAGAUAAGUGAGUUGAACAAGUUGGAAGUUUUUGAAGGUUGGUUUAGUAACUUGGGUGACUGGAACACGUAUGCUAGUCAGAGAAAAAGGCUUCAUAAAUACAACAUUUCGGUGGGUUACUGGCAUUUUCCAGCAAGUAAUUAUAGUAAAAUUGUUGCAUUUGGGGGUUGUGAUAUUAAUUCUGGAGAGGGAAUUAUACUUCCAUAUGAUAUUCAGCAAUUAGAAUUUUCGGAUUGCGAAGGUAUGAGAAGUUUAAACGAUAUUUGUGAAUUGAAAAAUGCAACUGAUUUGAAGGAAUGUAGAAUUGCGCAAUGUGAGGAGUUGGAGUCCAUUUUUUCAUCGGGGUGUCAACGUCAAACAGUUGAGUCUCUAGAUCUAAGUCAUUUAGAGAAUUUGAAGGUUUUAGUCGAAGGGUCAUCAGUAGGCACAUUUUCCUCCCUCAAAAAAAUCCAUCUAUUCAGUUGUGGAAAAAUAAAGAAUUUGUUCUCAGCUAAGUUGGUUCUCCACAACUUGGAAUAGAUCACUGUUGCAUAUUGUGGCAAAAUGGAGGAAAUAAUAGUAUCAGAGGAAGAAGGAAUGGGUACCAUCAAAUAUACACUUCCCAAAUUAA